AUGUCUGGACGCGGAGCACCAGGCGGCAACUCUCGUGGUCGUGGAGGAAAGUUUAGAAAGUUUACCCGAGGAGGUGGAAAGCACUUCUCUCGUGACCUCCGACCUCUCGACGCCGAUGGCAACGAGGUUAGCAUGUGGGGCCAAGAUGCCCGAAAAAACGAAGAUGAAGAUGAUGAUGAAGAAGAGAGCUCCGAAGAGGAAGAUUCCGAAGAGGAGGAUGAUGCUGGUCCCGCCCAACAGCAGGCCGAGUUAACUCGAGAAGAACGAAAACAAGCAAAGAAGGCCCAGAAGGAGGCAGCCAUCGCCAAGAAGAAGAAGGUUGUUCAAGUCGGAGACCUACCCAGCGAUUCCGAGGAGGAAGAGGAAGACGACGAUAUGCCCGCCAACCCGAACCACUCCAAGGCCGCACGAAACAUGGCCAAGGCCCCGGCUGCUGCUGCUGCUGCUGUUGCCGAGGCGACUGAGGGUGUUAAGAACCUGACCAUGAGCCGAAAGGAGCGCGAAUCACUAGAAGCUGCGCAAGCCAAGGAGAGAUACCGCAAACUGCACGAGGCUGGCAAGACGGAUGAGGCCAAGGCCGACCUGGCACGUCUGCGACUCAUCCGGGAGAAGCGAGAAGCCGAGGCUGCGAGAAAGCAGGCUGAGAAAGAAGAGAGAGAGGCACAGGAGAAGGCCCGAAGAGCCGAGAUCGAGGCUAAGGAAGCAAAGAAGCGCGAGGCCGCCCUAGGCAAGAGCGCAGGAAAGAAGAAGCAAACCAAAUGA